AUAACCAAGUAGGCGCAUUUAAACACAAACAGGCCUGUGCGAGGCAAAGCAAAAUGGCGUAUCUGCUUAAUGGGUCCAAGCAAGUUGCCAGCAGCAAACUUGUCAAUGUGUUUGAAAGGGAUCAUCAGAAAGGAGAGGAGCUUGUCCAUGAAUUGUGUGAUCAACUACUUGACCCAUCUAAGUUUGGGGAACGGAGUGAUACCAUUGAAUGGUUGAAAGCUUUAAUAAGCGGUGACGAAGACUUUACAAAGUUUUGUACAAGAGUCAAAAACAUGGAUUCUUCCCCACUGUGUGGGUGCGUGUGGACUGCUAACUUUGUGGCUUACAGGUGUCGUACUUGUGCAGCCUCGCCAUGCAUGUCGUUGUGUGCAGCCUGCUUUGAGAGAGGAAACCACGAUGGCCACGAUUACAACAUCUUCCGUAGCGAGGCAGGAGGAGCGUGUGAUUGUGGCGAUCCUAGUGUGAUGAAGAAGUCCGGAUUCUGCUCUCAUCACGGACCUAAUCGUGUUCCUCCGGAGCUAGCACCUCCAGGUUUCCUUUCAGCUGGAAAGGUGAUGCUUGACCGCAUCAUACUCGCGAUGGUCCACAUAUUGAGGAAAUUUUCAUCUCACGCUUCACUCCAUGAAACUUUCAUUGUGAACUUCACGACCGAGAUUGAAGAAUUUUUUGCUUUUAUUCUUGAACUUGUAAAGCUGGGUUCGCCAAUACGAACUCAUCUUACCCAACUCUUACUUAAUGAGAAGCUUUACCAAGGUUUGAUGCGAUAUAAAGGAUACAAGUCGAUUGAAAACCCGGACACAUCAAUCCGAAAUUACCAUAAAAACAGCAUUUCCUGGUUCUUACAUUCGGUUGCGUGUGUAAAACAACCCAUCAUACCUCCGGAUAUCCCAGACAGAGGACAAUUUAAACGUAGUGAAGAAUAUAAAAAUUAUGUGGAUGAGAUAACUUUUUGGAUAGUAAGGUACGAGUUCCCAGAGCCGGUGAUCCUUAUCAUCCUUAACCUUCUUCCUGAUCCGGACAUGAAAAGGGAGUUUUCGAAAGCGUUUGCUCGUCAUUAUUCAAGGAUCGCUACUUCUCUUGCUAAUUCCACGAAAGUGGAUCAACUAUCUACAAGAGUCGUUCACAUAUCUGUCCAGCUGUUCAGUAAUGACGACCUGGCUUACAUGCUAGCAGUGGAAGAGCAUUUACUGCAGAUCUUUGUAGUUUCUACAUACAAUAUUAUAGACCCAAGCCUCCAAGCGUCAAACACCACUGAAAAGGAUUUCCAUCAGUGCGUCUUUUUUGUUGGUACGGACCCAGGAACCAACGCUUACUGGCCGAUUGUCAGUGACUUUGUUAAUGUUUUAAGCCACCCAAGGGUUGCAAUGAUGUUUCUCGCCGAUAAUAACUUGGUCAGUUCAUGGGUCCAGCAGUUAACUUGCUUCAGUGGAAUGAACCUUAUACGUCGAGCCAUUAGCUCCCACAUUGAAUACGAACCAUCUAAUGCCCUCAUAGCUUUCUACACUGAGCGUGAAGCUUGUGCGUCACCACUGUGGACAAUGUUAGAUGUUUUACAGGAUCGUGAGUCCUCCAACCUCAGCAUUAAUGUGAUCCGAAUCCUUCUUGAUGCUCUCACUGAGUUCUUCGAUGCACUCGGGUUUGAGGGUAAACCACCAUUACCCUACGACCAGAUCAGCUUCCACUACCCUCUACAUAGAUAUCUCGCACAUUUCUUAUGUAAUGCCAUCAAAAACCAAGCUGUUGAGAUCUCCGACAUUGGUGUUGACCAUGAUGAAGCUGUUAAGUUAAUGGCACAUCCAUUGCAGGUUCUGGCUUGCAUGCAUGAGAUACAAGUUGGAAUGUGGGUUCGAAAUGGUGCUUAUAUCUCAACACAAGCUCUUGCUUACAAACAAUAUUUCUUCUGCUCAUUUUUCUUUGAUGCCGACUUAUACUUGUUACAGUUCUGUGCUUCCAUAAUCUCGCCAGAUCUUUUCAUUGCUUCAAUAUUUGAGCGAUGCCGAGUGACUAACCACCUCACGGUGUCGGAUCACAAUCCAUCCUCAUCUGAUUCAAGUCCAGAUGAGGAUCGAGCUCCCAAGAUGAUGGAAGCGGCUUUCAACAUCCUCCUCUCUGUACUUGGGAUCCAGAUUCACCUUGGUUUACCAGAUGAUGAAGUCAUAAGGUCUGAAACAGUUGUCCUGCUUUCCUCUCAAUCUUGUACAUACAGUAAGUUGUCUGACCAUAUACCCCAGUGUCAUGAGUCGCACUCCGGUCUCAGGUCUCGACAUUAUAUGUCUCUCUUCAGUGAUUGCCUAAGCCAGCUUGCUGUCAAGAAAGAAGGAGAGGCAAUGGACCAAACCACAUACAUUCUAAACAACACCGCGUGGAAAUAUUACGACCCGGUGUUUACCGAACAUCGGACGCUUUACAAGAAGGUUGUUCAACAGGCACAUACCAACUACUUCCAACACCUCAGAGAUAACAGUCUAAUACCACAGCAAGGAAUAACUGAAUCUACAAUAUGGCCACCAUAUAUACCUAUUUCCGAACCACCCCACAGCUACAAAGGGUUAACCCGUAUAUUACACUGUCGUACAACUCAUGCCUUCAUCUAUGUUAUAUUAUAUAAAGCACUUCACGAUCAUGCUGCUGUUACAGAGACAACACUGGCGAUGGCUCUUCAUGUAUUAGAGGCGGCAUUAAGCUUACGAAACAACCACACGGAAGAUGUGCACGGUCUCAGCUCCCCAGAUUUGAAACGUAGCAAAGUGGAAGACUCGUGGCACAAACUCUUCCACUCCUGGUUUGAAUCGGAGGACAUACUCAUCAACAUCCGGAAGACAAUAGACAUGGUGCAGGCCCCUCUUUGGAAGAAGAUGGACACUUCACACGAUAUGGAUGUCUCACAAGAGCAAAAUAAUGAGAACUCGGGAAAUUCACAAACAACUGGUCAGUCGGCAACCUUUGUUGCAACAGGGGAAAGCAUGUUAAGCAUGCUGAUUAAGCUGCAUGAUAAGUUUCAUGGGAACGCUGGCAGUUUCCAUCUUGACAUAAAUAAACUGUUUGGACGCGAACGUACAACAGUUAUACCAUCCACCCCAACAAAUGUCAUUUCCAACGUUCUUCAUGUGGCUGCCUCGAAAAGCUCUGAACUCCAAAUGACCAUCCAGGUGAUCAUGAAGAGCUUGUCUCCGAGUACUUCCUCUUCCACCUCCCCUAUGAACAGUCAGGAUGGUGGAGGACCAAGUGUGGAUUAUGAGAAGAUAAAGAGGAGGAAGCAAGCAAGGGAGGCGAGGAUUAGAAUGAUGCAACAACUCGCUGAGAAACAGAAACAAUUUAUGGAAAAUGUUGAAAUGAAUGAACUUGACUCUUCUAAUGAGGAAACCACGGCAUCUGUGUCCACGGAACCUCCAUUCAAUACUUCGCCACUUUCUGAUGACACUGAACCACCAGCAAAGUACGAGUGUGUGAUCUGCGGCACUGUGGAGACAGAAAUGGAGGCGCCAUCGGUAGUGAAUGCUCCAAACCGAGAGCAGAAAUUGAUGGGUAUUAUUUGCCUUGCUCAAGCCACAUCUGUGCUGGGCCAUCGUAGUGACAGCAAUAACAGGUUGGCUCCCUUCAAACCUGGAAAUCCUCACCGCAUGAUACCACACAAGAACUCAUACAAAUAUUUUGUUCAGAAAAGAAACAGUUGGUUAAGAUUGAGCUCAUACAAGCAUGUUAUUGGAGAGACUGAAACAGCUGACAUUGCCGUGGGCGCGCACAUAUCGACCUGCGGCCACCACGUGCACUUUUCGUGCCACCGGGACUACACGGACUCCGUGUCCCAGCACGAAUCAUCACAGAUCAGCAGGGAUAUGCCGCAUGGUUUCCAAUGCCCCAUGUGUAGGCAGGUCUCUAAUAUUAUUCUGCCAUGCAAUAUACGAUACAGGCGUACAAGUGAACUGAGACCUGAUGUUCCAUCUGAUACAAACAUCGUGAAUGCUUGUUCAACCACAGCAACCACUAUAUCACUAACAAUUCAAACCACCCUUCAUGUUAUAAUGAUGGUACGGCUGAACUUGGAGCAACAUCUGCUACAACUCGGCAACACUUUACUUGCGUCUUCAACAUCAUAUGGGUCGCCACGCGGAGCCAAUUCUUGCAUUCAAAGAAAACUACCCAUUGGUCCCAUGUUCUUUCUACUUCAACGAAUCAACAUAGGUUUACACAAAUCCUCCACCAGCAAAACAAUCAAAGAUUUGCUUUCUAACCUUGAAUUCCCAACUUCUGGCUUGAACUCAAAACAAGAAUUACCUUUGUUGCUACAGGAUCCAAUCUCUCUACUGAUAAAGAUCAGCUCAAGUUUCUAUCCUUCCCUUACGCAAUACCGCAGCCAUGUACAACUACUAUACAACCUUGCGUACGUGCAAUCUCUUAUACAAGUAUGCACCCAGUUCUCACACGACGAACGAAGAGCAUGGAAGAGCAAUGUUAGUGCAUCACUUGGCGGGAUUCCUUUUUCCCCAACUGAUAUGAACUGUUUGUUGGGACUUGUAAUUCAAACACUGGAUGCAAAAACUUUUAAAACAGAUGAAUCUCAUUUAUUUAGUAGCAGUGGUCUUGGUUACCUUAACACCGUCUUCUCACCCCAGUCAGUAGUAACCAACGUCGAGCAAUCCCUCCUCUCCUACCUUCGGAUCGCUGCUCUUCUACAAUCUCACAUCUUCUCCCAACAUCCGAUCCCCAUCCAAUCAGAGUCCGGAAACGAAUUCUUAGAGCUUGUCAAAAUUUUAGGUUUAUUUGAAGGCAAGGAUAGUGUGAGUGCGACCAAAUGCUUAAAAUGGAGGUCGCCUAGGUCGGUUAUAACGCGGUGGUGUGACGCUCUCAACAACUUUGUGAGGACAGAUGUCGUAAUAUCCCGUCAAUUAAUCAACGCUCGCAAGGAAUGGUUUCCACCCAAACUAGUAGAGUUACCACAUGAAUACAGUGUGUUGUUUCAACGAUACAGACAAGUGGAAUGCGACAAAUGCAAAACAAUCCCCAAGGACCCGGCCCUGUGUCUUGUAUGUGGUUCCUAUAUCUGCUACAAGAGCAAGUGUAAGUUUGUUGAGACAGAACCUGAACUACAAGAAACCAUGGCUCGCUUACUAGAAGCUAACAGAAGGUUGCGACAGGAUAAUGCAGCCAGUCGCCACUCAAAGACUUGUGGGGCAGGCACUUGUAUACUGCUGUUGAUUAAUUCCUCUAUUGUGGUCGUUAUAAGAGGGUCCAGGGCUUGCAUAUGGGGAACUCUUUAUUUGGACGCGCAUGGAGAGGAGGACAAAGGUUGGAAAAGAGGAAAACCACUAUUUCUAAAACGGGAACGACUGGAGUUAUUAGAACGACAGUGGAUUCAACAUUCGUUCGAUAACUCUUGCAAGAACUGGGCCGCCCAUCGGCAAACACUGUGAACAUAUAAGAGAUAUCCGUAUAUGAUUCAACAUUAAGCGGCAAUGAGUGUACAGCCAUCAUGCCUACUAUCAUAAACAUAGCGUUCAAAGAGCAAGUUUGAAUUGCUAAGUGGAAUCUAAUGCAAGAUAAGUAUCACUACAUAUCGGUCGUGCCGUCUCGGGGCAGCUCUUCGUUUAUCAUCAUUACUGAGUCUUAUACAUGCGGUGACGUAUUACUUCUUUAUUGUUACAUCAUACAUCUGUGAUACGUCACAGGCAACGUCAUUUUUUCUCUCCUGACUUCCUGAAAAGUUCCACCUCUGAUUUUCGAUUUUACUUUAAAAAUCAAUAAAUUCCUCUUUUAAGCUUUGCUUUCCGGCACUUCCCAACUUUAUACAACUCUUUGAUUCUCCUAAUACAGUUCUAUAACCACCAGCACCAGAUAUUUAAACACUUGUUCCAGCUUUUACAGUGUUCGGUAUUGGCAGUAUACUUAAUUCAAUUCAUUUGACAUUUUCCCUUUAAGCUUGCCAUCCAUUAUUGAACUGUGGUGUUCCUCGUUUCUUGCACCGAAAAUGCAACUGUAACCCGUUUUAUUCUACCACAAACAUACAUGGCGCUUUUCUAGAUUUUUUUUUCAAAAUAAAAGUCAAACGCGACGAUUU